UCUGGUAGGUGGUUCAACGGUGUAGGUGCGGAUUUACAGUCACUUCAGUUAACAUUUAUGUGCGUGCAGUUGUGUUUCAAGUUUCAGUGAAUUGUGCGUCGAAAUGUAAGCAGUAUUGUGCUUCUACUGUCUAAUUGCCAUCACCAGAAUUCUAAAGACAGAGUUAAUGUUAAACUUAAUCAUCAAACUCGUCAUCUAGGAUCACGCCCUUAGCCUGUUCCGGUUAAAAGGAUUAAAACUUCAUUCCAUCUUUCUGACGGACGAACCUGGUAUCGUCUACCCUUUGCCAAGAAAUGAGCCCACUAAAAGAGAAGUACUUAUUAAUAGUGAAACUUUUCUAACAAAGGAAAACAAACACAGUUUCACCACCGCGGGAUGACUAUAGACCUGUCCGGUUUAUUGGGGAGGGGUGUUACCCCUGCAACGCAUGUCAGCCGUUUAGAAAUGAGCGGUGCCUCACCGAUGGGAGAUCCUGAGCUCUUCCGUCACGUGGAACGCGGCGUAUACGGACAUGGACACGUACACGGACAUGAAUAUGGCUAUGGUGGGGGUAAAGCAGGCUGGAAGGGAAAACACUCGGCGAUGUCAGCGCUAACACUGCUAGUUUUUCUGUUCUACAUCAAUCUCCUUCAGACAUGCAUCCAGGAGAAUAUGGCGACAACGGGAACUACUAUGCUGAUGUUGGUGGCACGAAACCGUAGCCGUCCACUUAUUCGUCCAUCGCGACAAAUACGCCAAUCUGAAGGACAGAUAGAUGCUCUACCAGGACCGGGAGUUUACUGGGACACGAAUGUUUUAUUCCGCCGUAAAGGAGAACCUUGGAAUAACUGUUCGGCAUCGGAACAGAAGCACAGCGCUCGCAUUGUGGACGACGGAGUUGCCCAGGAGGCGAGCAACACAGUCACAGCUCGCGACGAAGAUAAUUCUGCACGGGGCAAGACAACAGACUUCGAUGAUUAUCAAGAGAACAGGGAUCUAUUUGUGAAAGGUUUGAAGUCCAAAGAAGAUUACUCAGAAAUGGGCAAAAAAUUAUCGGUAAAUACAACUUCUUUCCUGCACAAACAACUGCAUGUUUCUGACAAUGAAUUAACACACAAAGAUGACGAACUAUCAGGCACAGAAGAUGACAAAGAUUUAACACUGACAAACACUGAUCACAAUUAUCACAAAUAUUAUAAAGAAAGCCAAGAUUAUGACUUCAGUGAUGACAGUGAUGGAUGGUACUAUUACCAUUACGAAAACGACAAUAGGCCGCAGAUAGAAGUCUCUACACCUGAAGCCAACGAUCGAGGACCAGUAGACGACAGGUACAAACUGGAAGAAUCAGAAAAUCUUUACCCAUUUACGAAUCUUGGAAGCUCUGUUUGGAAAAUCAUGACUUCAGUGUCUAAUGCAGUUAUACAGCGACUUUACUCGGGCAUCGAUGUAGCGCAGUGUUAUGGUCUGGUUGUCUGUGAAGCACAUCGAGUUGGCACAGCCUGGGGUGACUCGGGGCUCUUGUUGGCUUCCAGCCUCAGCGAGAUUAUGAUGUGGCUUUAUGGAGAAAAUGAUGAAGACAGGAGACUGAUCACCAAAGCAGCGGUGGUCGGAAGACAGCGACAGAGCUGCAGAGUCCAAAUGCAGCAAUGCGAAAACAAGAGUCAAGACAGAUCAAUGUUGCCUGCCAUGGCGACAGUUUUGGAACUGCUUUUCUGAUAUCGGCAUGUGAAAACGCAUCUACGACAUAUAUCGAUUUGAAAUCUAUCUCUCUUGCCAUGAACAUACUGUAUGGCAAUGUCAGUAACAUCUUCUCUCGAAAUGUUAAUGGAACUACUUGAAAGUUUCCAUAGAUAAAUUUUCUUACGUCACCAGGAAAUAUAUAUAAACAAAACAAUAUAUUACUGCUACAUAAAAUUCGCAAAGGGUAAAUAAUUCGUUUGGUAGCUGUAAAAAAAGUCUAGAAGUUUCUUAUACGUCAAAAUGAAGAACAGCAUGCAUGGAAUCUGUCCUCAUGUUGUCGUAUUAUUAAAAAUGGG